AUGUCAGGUCGUCAAGGCGGUAAACUUAAACCUCUAAAAACAAAGAAAAAAACUCAAGAAGAUUUAGAUCCAGAAGAACUUGCUUUCAAAGAAAAGCAAAAGGCUGAUGCUGCUGCUAGAAAAGCUGCUGCUGCUAACAUUAAAGGUGGUAAACCAUUAGUUGGUGGUGGUAUCAAGAAAUCUGGUAAGAAAUAG